AUGAGCACUGUUAAGAUGAAUAGAUCGAAUAGUCUACGCCGUGGGAAGAUGAUAUUUUCACCUACUGACGAGCAGCAAAGUACCGGCUCUUUGUCUGAAAAGGUGUCAAACUUUUUCGAAAACCUUUAUUGGAUGUACUAUAUUCACCUUCCCUAUUACUUAAUGACAUCAUUUGACGCUUUCUGUCUUCAUAUCUUCUUUUUGACUAUCUUCACACUAAGCUUGUUCGGUAUCAUCAAGUACAUCGUAUUCUUGUGA